AUGGCUGCAAAGUCGUCGUUUAAAGUUGGACACCUUGCGCAGACAACGACAGCACUCGCGGGUCUUUCAGCGAGUGCUCUUUAUGGGUUAAGGACGUCGGAAAAUGGAGAUGGACAUCGGCCGGUGGUCGAGGUUGAUGCCAGAAAGGCGUUGCUCAAUUUUGCUUCUGAGCAGUAUACGCUCAUGGACGAUCAGCCUCCGACCGAAGUAUGGGAUGAUUUGGCAGGCUUAUAUCCAACGAGAGACGGGCAUGUGAGAAUUCACACAAACUUUCCCCACCAUCGCAAGGGUAUAUUACACCUGUUGGACAUAGCGAAUCCUACUCGAGCAGUGGUCGCAAACGCGUUACUGGAGAAAGAUGCAUUAACAUUCGAAGAGGAAGCCACAAAAGCUGGCAUGUGUGUUGCUGCAGUACGCACAUUCGACGAAUGGGAUCGGCAUCCCCAGGCACAAACCCUGCGUGCUCGCCUUCCCAUCGAACUCGUCAAGAUUGGGGAUGCACCGGUUCGUCGUUUUUCGGGGCACAAUAGUAAUAGGGUUAUGCCUUUGGAUGGCGUGCGUGUGCUUGAAUUGACACGUGUGCUUGCCGGACCUAUCGCUGGGAGGUCAUUGGCCAGAUUUGGUGCCGACGUGCUAUGGAUCACUUCACCCAAUCUUCCCUCUAUCCCAGUCGUAGAUAUCGAUACAUCUCGUGGGAAACGAGCGGCGCAGCUUGAUCUCAAUAGCGACCACGGAGUCGAAUCUCUGCAGCAUUUGGUAGAUGGAUGCGACGUGUUCCUGCAGUCUUACCGACCUGGUAGUCUUGCGCGACGUGGAUUUGAUCCUGCGAGUCUUGCGAAACGCAGACCAGGGAUCGUCGUGGCAAAUUUGAGGGGUUAUGGGUGUGAUGGUCCAUGGGCCGAGAAGCGGGCGUUUGACUCGCUCGUUCAAGCUGCUACAGGAUUCAAUGCCGCCGAAGGGGCGGCUUGGGAGUGCCAUAGCCAACGCUCGAGCCAUGACCAAAGACCUAUACGAACGCUUCCUGUGCAGUGUCUCGACCAUGCAGCUGGUCAUCUUUUAGCAUUUGGAAUUACUGCCGCGCUCUGUAGGACCAUGCAGGAAGGAGGUUCUUGGGAAGUUCGCGUCUCCCUUGCGGGAGUUGGCGAGUUUCUCAGAAACCUGGGGCAGUUAGACGAUGAGUUGGCGUUCAAAGGGCGAGAUAUACCGAAGAAAAUGUCCCCUCCUGAUCCGGAGAUUAUGGAUAUGCUCACGCCAUAUUACAUUCGCGAAAGACACUCUGAAACGGACUCUCCUUCAUCCCCUAAACCUAUUCGGGAGCGAACUUUGAUGGCAUUGGAGCCCGCUGCUUCUCUUGCGCUUUCGUCCUCGCACAAAUCGACUGCGAGACAAGUUCCUGGACGACGAUAUCUGAUCACCCAGCCAAGUAUUGCACUCGGGAUUGCCAACGUAGCCGGAAAAAUGGCCCUCAGACCGUCGCUUGCACCACUGAUGAUCGCUGGUAGUCCCGAGAGCGCGCAUACUCUCGAGUUCUUCUGGGACUAUGUGUGCCCAUACAGUGCUAAAUCGGCGCGGGCUGUCGACAGCAUCGUCAAGCCACUCCUUCAGGACAAGUAUCCUGGGCAAGUCAAGAUUAUUGUCCGACCACAUCCGCAGCCAUGGCACUCUUCAUCGACGCUCGUCCACGAAGCCGGGCUGGCGGUGGCAAAAGUGGCCCCAGAUGCGUACUGGUCAUUUAGCCUCGCCUUGUUCAAUGCCCAAGAGGAAUACUACGACGUGCCGACCUCUACCCAGACACCCAAUGAGAUUCGUACCAAGCUCGUUCAGCUAGCAAAGACUAGUGCAGGCUUAACGGACGAGCAGGUCGAGAAACUCAGAGAGAUGCUGACUUUGAAGACGGAUGGGGGCGCGAAGAAUGGGGGUGUGGGGGUGACGGAUGAUUUGAAGCUUUGCAUCAAAUACUCGCGACAAAACUCAAUCCAUGUCAGCCCGACGGUGGUCUGGAAUGGUCUCAUAGCCAAUGACGUCUCGAGCUCUUGGGGAGAGAAAGACUGGUCUGAAUUCUUUUCGAAGAAUGUGAAGUGA